GGCGAGCGCGGCGGCCGGACCGGGGCCAUGGCGCCCGCGCAGCGCCCGCUGCUGCCGCUGCUGCUGCUGCUGCUCCCGCUGCCGCCGCCGCCGCCCUUCGCGCGCGCCGAGGACGCCGCCCGCGCCAACUCGGACCGCUACGCCGUCUACUGGAACCGCAGCAACCCCAGGUUCCAUGCGGGCGCGGCGGAUGACGGCGGGGGCUACACGGUGGAGGUGAGCAUCAACGACUACCUGGACAUCUACUGCCCGCACUACGGGGCGCCGCUGCCGCCGGCCGAGCGCAUGGAGCACUACGUGCUGUACAUGGUCAACGGCGAGGGCCACGCCUCCUGCGACCACCGGCAGCGCGGCUUCAAGCGCUGGGAGUGCAACCGGCCCGCGGCGCCGGGGGGGCCGCUCAAGUUCUCCGAGAAGUUCCAGCUCUUCACGCCCUUCUCGCUCGGCUUCGAGUUCCGCCCGGGCCACGAGUAUUACUACAUCUCUGCCACGCCGCCCAAUGCCGUGGACCGGCCCUGCCUGCGGCUGAAGGUUUACGUAAGGCCAACCAACGAGAGCCUCUACGAGUCCCCAGAGCCCAUCUUCACCAGCAACAACUCGUGCGGCGCCCCACGCGGCCGCCGGCUGCUCCUCGGCGCCGUCCCCGUGCUCUGGACCCUGCUGGGCGCCUAGGCCACCCCCGGACCCUGUGCGCCCGUGCUGCCCGCCGGCCGGGACGCCCCCGGGACCAGCCCCGGGGCAGCCAGGACCCCCCGCGCCCGAGGGACCGCGUGUCGGCGAGCCCUGGCCUGGCCGUCCCGUCCCGUCGGAGCCUGGAGCAUCUCUCGGCGAUUUUUUUUCGGUGCAUUUUUCCCGGUUGGAGCAGAAAGACUUGAGUUUUUAAUUUAAUUUAUUCCUUGCUGUCGCCCGUGACUUUGGGAAGGGGACGAUGGAUGGGGUGGGGGGGUCAGGGGACCGGGGACCCCGGUGCUGUAUGUGUUGGGUCCCGGCUGGCUCCCACCACGGACGCCCCCAGGUGCCCCAGGCUGGAGAGGCGCGUCCCCCUGAAUGUGGUCUGGGGGCCUCAGACCCCCACCCUGCUCACUCCUGAUGAGCAUCGCCCGGAGUGGAAACCCACAACCUUCCACCCGAGGCCACCGCGGAGCCGCGACCCCUCAGACUCACAGCGCCCACGUCCCCCGGUCCCCCGCGACCUUGCCCGAUCGCCCCCGAGGCCGAGAAGACGUCACAUUUCUGUAAAUAGAGCCAGCAAGUAUAUACUGUGAUUUAUUUUUACUGUAUUCCUGAGGACGGACUGGAAAAUUUCUUUUUUUUUUUUUUCCCCUCACCCCUUCAGAGGGGCUUUUAUUUUGGCGGGGGGGUGGGGUGGACUUUUUAGAAUAGAAGCCGCACUUCGCAAUAAGCUCGUUUGUCUGUCGGAGCCCCUCCCUCUAUGCUGUGACCUGAUAAUGUUUAUAAGAAAAAAGAAAACGGGACAAAACAGGAUGGGGGGGGUGGGACCACCACCCAAACACACCCCCCCCCAAGACACUUUAAUGACGCAAAUGGUGCAUUUGUACAAAUUUCAUAUUUCUACCCGCCUUUCCUGAUCUGUGUUUUAUAUAUAUUAUAUAUAAAUAUAUAUGGGGUGCGGCCGCCCGGAGACGGCCGGCCCGGGGGCUUUUGUAGGGCUGGCCGCGGGGCCUCCCCACUCCCGUCACAAUCAACUUUGGAUUCUGUAUUUUUUUAUAAUAAAAUGAGUGUGAACCUCAGAAUGCGCGUCUCUGUGGGGCCUGGGCCACCCCGGCUGGAGGGGAUCCCGGGAGGCGGGUCCGGGACCUGCAGGGGGCAGGGUGCAGGCUGUCGGGGUGCCGCCACGGUCAAUGCUUGGGUUCUGCACGUGGUUUGGGGGCCGGGCCCGGGAAUGAGCAUCUCAGGUGGCGCUGGACCCUUCAUCGCCGCCCCUGAGCCUCGGUUCCCCCUCUGGAGAUGGGAACCAGCGCCCGCCCCGGGGGCAGCUGGGAGGAUGUGACUGUGAGUGGACAGCGGGGGCUCCUGGGCACGUCGGAGACCCUGACCCCAGGGCCGGGCAGGGCCCCCCGGCCCCUCGUCCAUGCUUGGGGUGGGGGCGUCCGCAGUUUCAGUGACCAAAUUCGCUGACAUCUCUGUCACCAAGCUCCACUGCUGUGUGACUCGGUUUCCCUCAUUGCCCCAGGCCGCCUGGGGGCCUGUCUGUCGCCUCGUCAUCCCCUUCCGCCUUUGCAGAAGGCGGGUGUGUGUCGGUGGACCCGGGGCCUCCCCCGCAGCGCAGCCGCGGACUGCCGGGCACGGCCCAGGGGCCGGGGUCCCCGCGGCCCGCCGUCCCGGUGCCACCCACCGCCGGGGCCACAGCGUCUCGGGCACGGUCCUCGGAGGGAACGCCCUCCGCUCAUUAAUUCGGCCGCGCCGCCCGGGGACCGGGGCUGCUUCCUAAUGAGGCCGCGAGGCACAAAGCCCCCUGUGUGCGCCCCGCCCGCCAGCAGCGGGGACGCCGGAGCCGGCCAGCACCGCGGGGACACCCCGGGAUCCCUGUGCGCGGCGGGACCCCGAGGCUCGGAGAUGAGGAGACCGCCCCGAGACCCCUCACCCAGACUCUCCAACCCAGCCCCGGGGACGGGGGCCCUGGAGGGAGAGGCUGGGGUGCAGGGGUCACGGGCGGCAUCUGAGCCGCUGACUUGUAUUCUGUUAUGAAAAGAAUCUUUUAUUGAGAUAUAUUCACACCCUGCGCGGUGCCUCCAUUUAAACACAAUUCCACGAUUUUUCGUAUAUUCACAGAGCUGUGCGACCACCACCUGGAUCUAAUUCCAGAACA